AUGCAUCAGUCGCCCGCGUCAGAUAUCGCCGCCGCCCUUCAGGAUGGCAAAACUCACCUUCUCCUGGCCGCAAGCGGCUCUGUCGCCACCAUCAAAUUACCACAAAUUAUCACCGGGUUGAGGAACUACCCCGACCUCUCGAUCCGCGUCAUCCUUACCAAAUCGGCAACUCACUUCCUCGGUGGCCAGUCUGCGGAACAGCCAACAGUGGCUUCUUUAGCCUUGCUCCCGAAUGUCGAUUCGGUCCACCAGGAUGAGGACGAAUGGCUUGAGCCUUGGACCCGGAACGCCAAUAUACUUCAUAUAGAGCUGCGCCGUUGGGCGCAUAUGUUGGUAGUCGCUCCUAUGUCGGCCAAUCUAUUGGCCAAGGUGACGGGUGGAAUCUGCGACGACCUCCUUACGAACGUCAUCCGGGCCUGGGAGAUUGACCCUCGAAAUCCUACGAGGCGGUUAAUUAUCGUCGCGCCGUCAAUGAAUACUAUGAUGUGGACCCAUCCGUUGACGGCGAAGCAACUGGCUAUCCUCAACGAUGAGUGGAAGUGGUUUGAGGUCCUUCCACCGCAGACAAAAACAUUGGCAUGUGGUGACACUGGGCAGGGAGCUAUGCGCGAUUGGAAAGAGAUUGUCGAUGUUAUUGAGAAUCGACUUGCUGUCAAAGAUUUUGGCUUGUGA